GUUUCGUUAUCUGAUACACCGUAUCGUUCUCUGGUACACCGUUUCGUUAUCUGAUAAUUGUAUCGUUAUCUGAUACACCGUUUCGUUAUCUGAUACACCGUAUCGUUAUCUGGUACACCGUUUCGUUAUCUGAUACAUUGUAUCUUUAUCGUUAUCUGAUAAUUGUAUCGUUAUCUGGUACACCGUUUCGUUAUCUGAUAAUUGUAUCGUUAUCUGGUACACAGUUUCGUUAUCUGAUAACUGUAUCGUUAUCUGGUACACCGUUUAAUUAUCUGAUACACCGUAUCGUUAUCUGAUACAUUGUACCGUUAUCUGAUACAUGGUAUCGUUAUCUGUUUCACCGUAUCGUUAUCUGGUAGAUUGUACCGUUAUCUGAUACACCGUAUCGUUAUCUGAACUUUUGUUUGUGACUUAGUUAAAUGUUGUAUUUCAAUUUUAGUUUCACAAUGUGACGGAUAUGAUCGGAAUGACAGACAUGAUAUGUGAUAUGCAUUUGCAACAGUUUUAUCCAAUGCCGGCUUUGGCUAUUAAUGAACUAUACAUAGGGUUUGCAAUUAUGAUUGAAACUUUGGAGCCUGUUACAAACCAAACAGUGCAGGCCAUAUUCUACUUCAUGCCAAAUAAUACAGUUUUCUCUUCAAUGAGAGCCAUGUACAGUACAACAAAUCUACCUCCGACAACAACAAAAACAACAAUAAAAACAACAACUACAACUCCCCCGACAAAUCAAACAUGUAGCAGAGAGACAAUGAAAUCGAUUUAUUUAUUCAAUAUAACCUAUCUGCAAAACUUCACGAAUAGCUUAUAUGAUACCUCGUCACAGGAUUUCAGAGAUCUCAACCAAACUUUGUCUGGUAUUUUUAUGCAGUCUGCACGAAACUUCAGUGUCGGUCAUCUGAUUUGCAACGUCAGUGUAGUGCGCUGUGCCCCUGUCGUUGGCAACAUUUCUCUGAAAGUAAACCAUGAAGCGACUUACAUCAGUGCACAAAUGCUCAUUUAUGUUCCUCCAUAUACGCUACCAAUUGAAGACGUUGCAUAUUUAUUUUACUUUGCUGAAGGCAACUCGAACAUGAUUUUGAAUUACUAUCAUGUUGUUUUUACUCCACAAACAACAACAACAACAGUAGUUCCGACAACGCACUCAUGCAGUUACAAUCAGUUCCAGUGCUUCAACGGCACUUGCAUUCCUUAUUCUUUGCGCUGUAAUGGUAAGAUUAACUGCGCGGAUGGUUCGGACGAGCUGUUUUGUUCAAGCUCAACAACUUCUCUACCAAUGACCACUACUCCCCACACUGGGGUCAACGGAACAUGCAACCGUCAUACAUUAAAAUCAAUUUAUUCAUUCAACAUUACGUAUCUGCAAGAAUUCACAACUGACUUGUAUUACAAUUGGACAAGUGAUUUCAUGGAACUCAACGACACUUUGACUAGCACCAUCAUGGUAUAUGCACAGAACUACAGUCAUUUAAUUUGCAAUAUCAGUUUAGUACGCUGUGUUCCUGCAGUGGGUUUUGAAGCGGGGAAUAUCAGUGCAGAAGUGCAGCUCCAUGUUAUCCAUGAUACGUUGGAUAUUUACUAUGUUGCUUACUGGUUUUACCAGGCUUCAGCAUACUCUGAAAUGUUGUUCGUGAAUCACUAUGAAGAAAUUUAUUCUACAUCAUCAACAACAACAACCCCCUUUUAUACAACACCGUCAUGUGAUUAUAAUACUACUCCAUGUGCCGACGGAAGCAGGUGUAUCCCUAUAGGAUGGCUUUGUGAUGGAGAUAAGGAUUGUUACGACGGCUCAGAUGAAUUGCAUUGCUUAAGCACAACACGCGUGGUAACAACACCUACAACAACAUAUCCAACCCCACCAUCACCAAAUACGUGUAGACCUGACCAGUUUGAGUGUGCCGACGACGGCAGGUGUUUACCUGGCUCUUAUGCUUGUGACGAUUAUAUUGAUUGUUAUGACCGAUCGGACGAAGCAGGUUGUGAUUGUCCAGAGUUUCGUUGCAACAAUGGUGACUGUAUCUCUUAUGAAAGUAUCUGUAAUGGUAUAUACGAUUGUACAGAUGGAAGUGACGAAAGAGGGUGUCCAGUUGUCUGCGCAAAUAACACAUUUACAUGUAAGGUUAUAAAAGAGUGUGUCAAUAUAAGUAAUGUUUGUGAUGGAAAGAAAAACUGUAAGGAUGGUACUGACGAAUGGUACAACUGCUCUCGACCCGCCACACCGUCUCAAGAGUAUGAAAUUCGGCUAAUGGAUGGUUAUGUUGAUACCACAAAUGAGUCAUAUGGGCGUGUGGAAAUCAGACUCCUGGUUGAUGGGCAGCCAGUCGGCGACUUUGGCACUGUCUGCGAUGAUAGCUGGGGAACCCAAGAGGCCAUUGUUCUAUGUAGAUCACUGAAUGCAAGUGACCCUUCAAACAGCUUUGCAUAUGGUGGUUCAGCAUUUGGUAAAGGCAGCGGGGAAAUAUGGUUAAGUAACUUCCAUUGCUAUGGGAACGAAGAUGAAUUACAAGACUGUAUAUCAUCAGAAUGGGGUCAGGCUCAUUGUUCACAUCAACAGGACGCUUCGAUAUCAUGCGGAAUUAAUCGUGUAUCAACACCCUCGACUACUUCGUCAACAUUAGGACCAAGAACAACGUAUCCAACAUUAUCAACACCAUCCUCGACGCCAAUGCCAGGUGAGAAUAUUCGGCUGGUUGAUGGCGAAAACUGUUUAGAAGGUAGAAUAGAGGUUUUCUACAAAGGAGAGUGGGGAACAGUGUGUGAUGAUGGUUUUAAUUAUGAGGAGGCACGAGUUGUUUGCAGAUCACUUGGAUUCUGGACCUACUCUUCCUACUAUAAUCUGAGGUUCGGGUAUACUUCUUCUUUGCCGAUCCAUAUGUCUUAUGUUUACUGUCCUACAGGGAAUGAGAGCAGUAUAUUUGAUUGUCAAUACCAAACACCAUACUGUAAUCAUUAUGAGGACCAGGGUAUACGCUGCUAUGGUGACCCAUACAUAGAGUGCAAAACUGGACCGGAUAUUCCAAGCGUUAACUGUUCCUUUACUGAGGAUAGAUGUGCAUACAACAUGACGGUCAUAUCUGGCAGUACAAACUGGAAAUGGACACAGGCUGAUGUAGCAGGCAUGACUCAUGCAACAAACUCUUCCAAUUCUACUGGCCGUUUAAUGAUUUAUCGGAAUACAUUCGGUUCUGAAAUGGAAAGUGCAAGAAUGGCGUCUCCAAAGUUUAAUACAUCGUCUGCAGAAAUGAAAGUAGAAUUUUAUUACCAGCUGCAAGAAUCGUCCUACAACGAUCUAAUAUUUAGUCUAAAUGAAGAAAAGGAGGGUGGUGAAGAAGAGGAAGAACAUCUCUUAUGGAACAGCGUUCAUCUUCGGCGUGACCAGGAGUACCAAUGGCUUUACGAAUGUAUACAGUUGUCCGGCUUAAAAGAGACUUCAAACUACUCACUAGUAUUCACAGCUAAACGUGGGCCAAGUGCAAGCUCCACUGUAGCUGCAGACGAAAUUCUGCUCACUGAUGGACUAUGUGCAGAGAGCCUUCUAGACGGUAUGUGCGACUUUGACAGACCAAGAUCUUGCGGAAUGUCUGUAGAAUGUGUUUCAUGUGACAGGACAAAACAUUCGUACACCUGGAUGUGGCAAAGUAACAGAACAUACAGUCGGAUACAAAAAGCUGAUGGUCGUUUUAUGGUGGCCAACUCCACAUUUGCAAACGAAGAUGACGAGGCUGUUAUCAGUUUUGCGGUACCCAACCUUGAUGACAUUACAGCUGUCAACUUUAUGUACCAAAUGAAUGAAGAAGACGGAGGGAAGCUCGAGGUACUGCUUUAUGAGAAGGACAGAUUACACUCGACACUUCUUACUCAAGACGGUAGCUAUGGUGACCGGUGGUUUGGGAAGUGCGUGCAGCUUCCUGGCGAUAUUGACUCAACUAGUAGCUUUAAAAUCGCAUUCAAAGCAACACAUGGGAAAGGACUGGGAGGAUAUAUUGCGAUAGACAAUGUGAAACUUAUGACCAGCGGGUGUCCACAUCCAGUAGUGACGUGUGCAGAAGAGUUAUCGCAGUGCGGGUGGAAAACUAGUGCAGGUGGUCCAUUAUACUGGAAGUUUUUUGAAGAUGGAAGCGGCGUUCAUACUAGCAAUAAAAAUAUCCGGCUUGUGGACGGCCCGGACGAAAGUAGUGGUGCUGUGGAAGUUUAUCACAAUGGAUUGUGGGGUCGUGUUUGCGAUGAUUCAUUUGGUAUCCAAGAUGCAAAAGUAAUCUGUAGACAGCUCGGAUAUCCGACUGACUAUGUUGAUUACACAAUUAAGUCUUAUUACGGCUACUCAAAUACAAAAAUCUGGUUGGAUGAAUUGUAUUGCCGUGGCACUGAGAACAGUUUGGAGGAGUGCAGUCACGCAGGAUGGGGAUAUCAUGAUUGUAGUAUCUACGAACAUGCUGGUGUACACUGCUAUGGCAAAGUCUCGGGUUCCGGAUAUGAUGUCCUUUAUAAGAACUAUUUUGAACUGAUGGGAGAAAGAGCCAAUACAAGUGCAUGGGCCUCUCUUUCAUCACGUGACUUUAUUCAUGAGAGUGGAGAGUACAGAUUUACGUUUGACUAUAUCAAGACUGAUCAUGAAGUAGUACAGGUAUGGUACAGUAACCGUACACAAAACGAAACACUGAUAUUGGAUAAGAUAAUUGACCCAGUCGAUUCUGUUGAGCAGUACUGCUUAGAUUUUCCCCCUGAAAUCCACGGAGAAAUAGCACUUGGACUGACUGCAUUCAAAACAACAUCCGGUGAAGUAAAAACUGUUGUGCAGAAUUUCGCACUAGAACGUGGAAGUUGCACAGAAUCCCUUGCCAAACGUGAUUUCACUUUUGAAAGUGACCACAUGUUAUACGGAUAUCGGAUCGAAUCUGACAAUAUUUGUAAACCAAGAUACGAAUGGUACAGAGUAUUAGCCGGUACUGGAAAUGGACUAGAUACAGAUCACACGUUCGGCAAUGGAUCAGGACACUUCAUGUAUGUUAAUCCAGCAUUUGGUGAAUCUGGUGAUCUGACAAGUCUAAAUUUCAAGCAAGUGAGAGAGGAGGAGUCAAAGGGAUUCUGUAGUCUACAAUUCUAUUACUUCAUUAGUGAUACAUCUUUAGAUGGUUCUUUAUCAUUGAGUGUGAAUAGCGAGACGAAGGAACUUGCUGGUAUUCCAAACUUACCUAUAUGGUUGCCCGGGUGCGUCGAUCUCGUAGACACUUGCGGAGAAGACCCUGGACUUCUAGACAUGCACUUUAAUGCGCUUAAUGUGGAAGCUGGCGUCGACGAUAUAGUUUUGUCUACUGAACCUUGCCCAGAAAGAGAAGGAUCAACAGUGUCAUGCGAGUUCGUGAAUGGAGAUCUGUGCGGAUAUAUUAUGGACCCGUUAAUAUGGUCACAUAACAAAGGCGGAAAUUUAACAAGCAACACAACAGAACCUGGCAAUUAUAUUGUUUCACCAUUGUUCGAUUUAUCCACGGAUUCGUGUGUUACAAUUAGCUUUGCCAACACAGCAAACUGUACUGCACGGGUAAAGGUCAUUGGCAGUAAUGGACAGACAGUGACCACCACAAACUUGCUUCAAGUUCCAUAUUCUACAUACAGAACCAUUAAUCUGAAUAUCCCAGCAGGAACACAGCUUCGGCUUUUUUUCGAAGCUUACAUGACCAACGUUUCUUACUAUGUACAGGCUGAGUUCAGCGUGUUUAGCAUCCUGGUCGUCAAUGGUUCCUGCUCGAGUCCUGGGUUGUCGUGUGAUGAAAAUGACCUCGAGUGUGACGGAGAAUGUGUUGCACCCUAUUUCAUAUGUGAUGGUAUACGUCAGUGUGAAGAUGGGAGUGAUGAAAAGUGUGAAUGUGGCUGGAAUACUUUCAACUGUACAGUAUCAGAAGAAUGUGUGACGUCAUCUUUACAGUGUGAUGGAUUCGCAGACUGUACAGACGGCAGCGACGAAGUAAACUGCGGUCCAGACAUAAGUUGCGAUUUCCGAGGAGGGCCGAACUGGGAUUGUGGGUACCAGCUUUAUAAUGCUCGUCGGGAGAUUUAUGAUGAUGGAUUGCUAAUGUUUUCGCGACUAGCAUACAUCACGUCACCGGAAGUUAAUAUAACCGAGGACAGCUGUCUUACCAUUGAUAUCGGAUACAGCAGCACCAUAAAAUUUAGAAUUUCAUCUUACAAUGGCGACAUGUAUACAAUUCUACACCAAAACACUUCAUAUUAUGGCGGAUUUGUUAUACCAGUGGAUAUGGCCCCCGGAUAUUACAAAGGUGUUACAACCGAAAUACAGUCGGCUAGAGCAUUUUAUUACUCUUCAGCCAUAAUAAAAAGUAUCGAUCUAUAUGAUAUGACUUGCCAAGAACUGAUAACAGCUUUUUCAACGACACCAUCAUGGCAACGCACAACAUACCCUCCCUGGAAUGCUUCUUACUCGACACCAUCAUGGCAGCGCACAACAUACCCUCCCUGGAAUGCUUCUUACUCGACACCAUCAUGGCAGCGCACAACAUACCCUCCCUGGAAUACUACUUACUCGAUACCUUUUUCGACCCCUAGUACCGAUUCUAGAACGACUGGUACAACACAAGAACGCACUACCUUACCGCCAUGGGCUACGACAACAACAUUAGUAUGGACACGCACUACAACACCAUGGUGGUAUACAACAAAGACAAUGACAUCAACACUCACUACCAUACCAUGGUGGAACAGAACAACGACGACAUCAGGAGCCUGGACACCAUGGGGUUCUUCGUCCAAAACAUCAACAACUACGCAGAUUCCUCUACCAGCCGAUUUUCCACAGCUUUAUAUCAAUAAUCCGGAUUCAGUAGCGUUUGGUGGCUCUUUAACGAUAUCAUGUAUUGUAAAUCAUGACUCAAAAUACAAGCUGAUCCUGAGCUGGUUCAUUGGCGAUACAGAAAUUUCUAGACAAGACGACAUUAUGGUUGGUGAGGAAGACCAAACAAAAUUCAAAAUUGUAAUGAAUAAUCAUAACAAGGGUGUGACGUAUUAUAACUUAACGAUAAAUGACGUCACUGACGUUGAUGCUCGGGAAUAUUUCAUUUGCGUUGCUGACGUCAUCGAUUACUAUCCAACGAACUUUCUUAAGGAUAGUACAAGGAUUGAGAUCGAAGAUGACGGCUGCCAGACCCUUGGGAACAGUGAAAUCGAGAUGUUUUGUAAAUCUGUCGGCUAUAGACGUGUAGCAGUGCCAACUGCAUCAGGAUCACAAACAAUGUACCAAGUCUCCGAAGCAUUUUAUUAUUUACAAUAUUUGUUAGAAAGGACGGAGACGUUUGGACAGCACCAGUGUUUAAAUCCUCUGAAAGAACUGGCCUGUGGUCUUCAUGCCAGUCAGUGUCAGUCUGGAAAACUGGUCAAACCUGUAUGCAGGGAACAUUGUCAGGAAAUUGCCGAUGUUUGUAUGGAGGCGCCGUUCGCUAUUGUGAGUAAUAACAACAGUGACCUUCACUAUUACUGCAAAUAUUUACCAUCUUUAUCAGACUCGCCGGACUGUACAGAAAUAUGGCUCGGAUGUGAAGUAAAUAUGACUCUCGGGACUGAGGAAACGCCAACGUCUGUACGACUGCGUUCAGAGAAUCAUCCAAGUCAGGCUCCGUCUUCCUCACCUUGUAACUAUUACAUAAAGGCGUCCCCGUACUAUAUACUAGAUUUGACCUUAGAGGACAUUACACUAGGCGAUGAAUGUAGUAUCAGCUAUUUAAUGAUUAAUGAAGAGAGAGUUUGUUCGAGCAAUGCAACUCAGUAUUUGUUAUCACCAGAUCAGUCAGAAUUGAAUAUUUCAUUGGUUUCAAAUUCUCCCGACAACGCCGGAUUCCUGCUGUUGGUCUCGCAAGUAUUACAUCCUGACGUGUGUGAUGUAAUAGAAGUCAGGGACUACUUCGGCACUACAUAUGACGGUCACAAGACUGGAAAUGACACUUGCACGGAAUGGAUAUUCUACACUGAACCAGGAUACAGUGUUUGGCUUAGUUUCUCAGACAUUGCUGGUUGUCUAGAAAUCUAUGAUGAGAACUCGAUCCGCGUUCAGGAAGAAAUUUGUUCCCUUCAAGAAAAACUGAAUCUUAAUGGGAUGGAUGUAGUUAAAGUGAAAGCUAAAACGCCUGGAACUGAAACUGCUUUCAGUGUUAUCUAUUCUCAGAACGUUUCUAAAGGUUCCUUCGACUUUACCAUAGAAAGCGUCGUAUUAAGAGAAGGGGUCAGUGACAAUAUAGGAAAGGUUUUUAUCAAUCGCACAGACGGUAAAAGCGGUUUUGUAUGUGGAUAUAUGAACAGAGGUGCGGCUGACGUUAUCUGUAGAUCGGCUGGACAUGCGACUCCAGCGCUUGGCUACAUGGUGUACGUGCCGAACCCCAGUGAUAGUAAUGAUUAUGAUUCUGAGACGAAGGACAUCAUUAUGUAUGAACUAACCUGUAUUGGAAAUGAGAAAAGCAUACUAGAGUGUAUAACGCAAAAGUGGAUUGACACUUGCACAGGCUAUGAUUGUAGCUGUUAUUAUGGAAGUAGUUUUAGAGGAGUUCAUUGUCCGGUGUCGACACCUUCUUGCAACAUGACUGGUCUAAGUAAUUGUGGCUACGAGUAUGAUACUACGAAAGUUUUGCUUGUUAAUACUAUCAAAAAUGGUGACGGUCUUUAUAUGUUGGGGUCUGAACACGAUGUCACAGAAAUUUCAUCUCCUUUCUUCACAUACUCGGAAGGGGAAAGUGUCACUUUCGAUUAUUCGUUCGGAGGGUAUCCAGGAGAUAACUUAGAGUUGUCAUUAAGGCCUGUGGACAGUGCUGAUGAUUUAAUUGUAUGGCAAAAAGCAGAGUCCGUUCUCGACGGCCGCUAUACCGCAUGUGUGACACUGCCUAAUGAUUUCGUAGAUAAAGAAGUUCAAAUGGUGUUCACAAUGGUAAUGGCACCAUCUGUCUCUGGUAGUAAUCACACCAUAGGAUUACAUAAUGUGUCAAUAAAACAAGAAAAUUGCCCAGACCAGUUUCCUGCGAACAAAUGUUCAUUUAACGAUCUUGAAGUUUGCCAGACAUUUUUAUCAGAAACUUGUAAAAAUGGCAGUUCUGGAACAACUGUCUGGAAUGUUAAAAACAACACGUUAGAAGGAUCCUCUACAUAUGCCAAGCAAGAUACAGAUUACGCUGUAGCAUUUUCAUCAUCGUCAGGCGCGGGCUCGUAUCUUCGAUUUAAUUAUUUACAAACAGGCGUGGGCGUGAAUGGGAAUGAUCUAGAACUCAGGGUCGAUUUCGAAACCUCGAGUGAUGGAGUAGAGACGAUAUUUUCAGACAACCAUUACAAAUCAGAGUGGGAGGACGUAUGCAUGCGACUGCCUUCCACUGGUGAUGGGCAGUUUAGUGUUAAGUUUAUUCUACGUAGAUCAGUCUCAGAGGGCAGAAUUUUCCUUGACGAUAUAGAGUUAAACAAUGAGCCAUGUCCACAUCCUAUAUCAUGUGAUUUCGAAAAGAAUUGCAGCUAUUCGUCACUACCAUCCCAGUUUGCCUGGCAAUUGACCCGCACCACAUAUGAUCAUACUUUCGGGGGUCAGCGUGUAGGGCAUGUAAUGCAGGCGGCCACAACCAGUUACUACCAACCAGCAGUAAAUGGAAUACCUGCAGUAUUUUCAACACCAAUUGCACAACUUUCUGAAGACAUUCCAUACACAUGUCUAUCAUUUUAUUAUUAUCUUAACUAUGGUUCUAAUGCACACUGCAAACUCGAAGUCAUAGUGUCUAAUCCCGAAACGAACGAAACGACCACGACAGAGAUAGAGACGUUUAUUUCGUAUUUAUGGCAGAAAGCAAACAUUAAAGUGGAUCCAGACGUCUACUCGGCAGCACAAUUUUCAUUCUUGGUAACACCAAUUUAUGGAAGUGUGCGCAUUCCUGUAAGAAUUGACGACGUUGAACUACUUCCAGCUGAUUGUAUUGAGGGCUUACAAGAUAUACCCCUAUGUGACUUCAGUAACCCCGGACUGUGUGGGUUUGAGGCAAAUUGUACAGUCGAUUCAGGGUUCAUUUGGAGAAUCUAUUCGGGAAAUACAAGUUUACAACACGCAAGUCCAAGAACUGAUGCAGACGGCAAUGUGCCAGGACAUUCCAUAUAUUUGGACAGUUCACUUGGUGCUGCAGGGCACGAAUCACAUUUGUGGUUUAAUGUGGACCUAGCAAACGUGGAAGCAGCGCAGUAUACCUUUUCUUAUUACAUGACUGGUAAUGGGACAGGAAUGUUAAAGACAUUUUACAGGUCAGCAAGCACUAACACAUACAGUGCUAUGUCUGUUGUACCAUACAAAGGUUCUGAUGUUUGGAUUCAGUCAGAUUGCUAUGAAUUGCCACAAGGUUUCCACGGAGAAAUUUACCUCCAUGCCACAAGAGGCGCCUCAGCAUUUACCGAUAUUUUCGUUGACAAUGUGGAGAUAACAAAGAGAAAUUGCCCAACGCCAUCAGUAACUUGUGACUUUACCAAUAGUAUUUGUGGAUACACACAAGAAGAUAGUAAAUGGACAUUAGAAGAUGGCUAUAUUACCACAACAAAACAAGGUGCACUGCGCUUACCACUGCAUUCAAUUAACGUCACGUGGUGGGCCUGUAUAAUUUUUGACUUUGAAAGUGAAGAACACAACGCGUUGAUAGUCGAAGACAACCUUGGGUCAUUUAUUUACAGAGUGUAUUCGAAUGGCAGACAACGUGGACAGAUUGAGUAUAAUCCAGAUGUUGCUGGAAUGAAAUUUGUUGUUCCUGACGACUAUAAGGUUAAGCUAGACAAUGUAACAGUCACACCAGGCCGAUGCGGUGCAAUGGCUUGUGGUUCAGACGAGAUGGCAUGUCAGUUGCAGUGUAUUCCAAACGCAGCAAAAUGCGACCGGGUCAUAGACUGCAAUGAUGCAUUGGACGAAAGUGAUUGUGGUUUCAGUCUUCCGUGCAAGUUCGAUGGUGAUGGUGAUGACUGUGGUUAUGCUACAGAUGAACAGUCGGCUACAGAAUGGUCGGUAGUACAGUCGCAUACAUUCAAUCACGAUGGCAAAGAAGAAAAUGUCACUGGUGGAAUGCUGUUUACAAGUCUGAAGGGACAGUAUUCGUGGGAUACUUCUUCCGUUAAUUCCACAUGGAACGAAAUAUUUGAACCUUCUUGCGUAAGGUUCCGAUACCUCGGUACCGUUCCAUCUCUCACUGUAACCAUUAGCAACAAGGAUAGUGGUGCAAAUGUGAACUUGACUGAUCCAAACGCUGACAUGACCCCUACAUCAUGGAGAUAUGGACAGAUUUCAACUGAACAGGGGACAAUCAUGAUAAGUUUUAUAACGUCAUUGUCAGCAACAAACUACACGCGCGUUGCUGAUGAAGAAGCAUUUGUGGCAAUAGAUGAGAUAGAAGUGUUAGAUGGAGCAUGUAAAGACAUCGACCCACCUGGUAUGCUGUUUAUGUACUCUUUGAAGUUUUAGCAGCCCACCCGCUUA